GGGGCGCAGUGCGCAGGCGCGCACCUGUGCGGCGCUGCAGCCGCGCGGGCCCCCUUUCCCGCCGCCCUCGCCGCUCUGAUCUCUCCACCCGCAGGCCCCGCCUCGCUUCCUCCCCGCAAUCGCCCGGUGGCUCGGCAGGAGGGCGGCGUGCUGCUGCGUCAUCGCCAGGGGCCGGUUUGAAUGAGUUUCUUGUCGCACCGUGUCUGCCGCAACCACCGCCACCGCCGCGCCUCCGCCUCGGCCGCCACCGCACCUCCUUCGCGCCCCCUUCCCUUCGCCGUCCUCGCUAGGCCCGGCCUUCCCGCGCCCCGCCAUGCCGCUCUACUCCGUUACUGUGAAAUGGGGAAAGGAGAAAUUUGAAGGUGUAGAAUUGAAUACUGAUGAACCUCCGAUGGUGUUCAAGGCUCAGCUUUUUGCACUGACUGGAGUCCAGCCGGCCAGACAGAAAGUUAUGGUGAAAGGAGGAACACUGAAGGACGAUGAUUGGGGAAACAUCAAAAUGAAAAAUGGAAUGACUGUACUAAUGAUGGGGUCAGCAGAUGCUCUUCCUGAGGAACCCUCAGCUAAAACUGUCUUUGUAGAAGACAUGACAGAAGAACAGUUGGCAUCUGCUAUGGAAUUACCAUGUGGAUUGACAAACCUUGGCAAUACUUGUUACAUGAAUGCUACAGUUCAGUGUAUUCGUUCUGUGCCUGAACUCAAAGAUGCCCUUAAAAGGUAUGCAGGCGCCUUGAGAGCUUCAGGAGAGAUGGCGUCAGCACAGUACAUUACUGCAGCCCUUAGAGAUUUGUUUGAUUCCAUGGAUAAAACUUCUUCUAGUAUUCCACCAAUUAUUCUACUGCAAUUUUUGCACAUGGCUUUUCCACAGUUUGCAGAGAAGGGUGAACAAGGACAGUAUCUUCAGCAGGAUGCUAAUGAGUGUUGGGUACAAAUGAUGCGAGUAUUACAGCAGAAAUUGGAAGCUAUAGAGGAUGAUACUGUUAAAGAGACAGAUUCUUCAUCUGCAUCAGCAGUGACACCUUCUAAAAAGAAAAGUUUAAUUGAUCAGUUCUUUGGAGUUGAAUUUGAGACGACCAUGAAAUGUACAGAAUCUGAAGAAGAAGAAGUCACUAAAGGAAAGGAAAGUCAGCUUCAGCUUAGCUGUUUCAUCAAUCAAGAAGUCAAGUAUCUUUUUACAGGACUUAAGUUGCGACUUCAGGAAGAAAUCACCAAACAGUCUCCAACAUUGCAAAGAAAUGCUUUGUACAUCAAAUCUUCAAAGAUCAGCCGGUUACCUGCUUACUUAACUAUUCAGAUGGUUCGAUUUUUUUACAAAGAGAAGGAAUCUGUGAAUGCUAAAGUUCUUAAGGAUGUGAAAUUUCCUCUUAUGUUGGAUGUGUAUGAACUAUGUACACCAGAACUUCAAGAGAAAAUGGUUUCUUUUCGAUCAAAAUUCAAGGAUCUAGAGGAUAAAAAAGUAAAUCAGCAGCCAAAGACAGGUGACAAAAACAGUAGUCCCCAAAAAGAAGUUAAGUAUGAACCCUUUUCUUUUGCUGAUGACAUUGGCUCCAAUAAUUGCGGAUACUAUGAUUUACAAGCAGUGCUAACGCAUCAGGGAAGGUCUAGCUCUUCAGGCCAUUAUGUAUCAUGGGUGAAAAGGAAACCAGAUGAAUGGAUCAAGUUUGACGACGAUAAGGUCAGCAUCGUGACACCUGAGGAUAUCUUACGGCUUUCUGGUGGUGGAGACUGGCACAUAGCUUACGUUCUACUCUACGGGCCUCGCAGAGUGGAGAUAAUGGAAGAGGAAAGUGAACAGUAAUCUUCAUUUUAGCUAUUUAUGCUUAGGUGUGAAAUAAAUGUUAUUUGUUGAUCAUAUCUAUAACCCAGAGCUUUGGAAGAUGUUUAGGUGGUUUUGUGUGUUUCCCCUCACAUGGAACAAGAGAGGGCAGAAGCAGACCACUCCAUGUUAUCAACCUAAGAAAUUACAGAAAAGAGAAAAUUGCCUUUGGACUGUGCUGCCCUGUGUAAAGGUGGCAGGAAGAACUUUUUAAAAAGCUUACUGCUUGGAUUAAUUUUUAAAAAUUAUGAGUUGAAAUGCCUUUCAACCAUUAUUACCUUCUGUAAUAAUUUUUCUGUCUUUUUCAGCCCAAGAUUCAGCAAUCAGAUGUUUAUUGCACACCUAUUACUCUAUUAUUUGUUGUUCUUGCAUGGUUCAAACCACCAGUGAUUCAAUAGCUGCCCAUCCUUUGCCUUAUCUAACACAAAUGUUGCCAGGAAGGUGGAAAGGAAAUAAGUUUGAUCUCAUUGUGUAACUCAGUGCUGCGUCCCCACCCCCAUGGAAACAUGGGUACAAUCAAGUAUUUGUCCAGCCUGACUGUUGCUGGCUUUUCAUGACUUUAAAAUAAAUUGUGAUCAAAUAAUAGUACAUUUGAUUAUACAUUUGUCACUGUGUCUCUGAUGUACUAUGGUUUGUACAUUGAACUUUGCUAUGGUUUUGUAGUAAUGAACCUUGAAAUGUUGACAAGCUCCAGUUGCUUAUUUUUAGAAAAUGAGGAUAUUUAAUAAAAAAAGAAAAAAGAGGGACUAACA